AAAUGUUUGAUGUGUGAUCUCGCGAGAUUGCGCGGCACUCAUCCUGUUCGAAGCACUGCUUCCUGGACCAGAACCCCCCUGAACCCGAGUCUCCGCCGCUCGGACGAAAGAACAGAAUAGAGCCGCGCACCCGGUGGCUCUACCCCGGGACAUCUGCGGCGACACCUCGCCUUGGCCGAACAGACGUUCUCGGACGACCAGCAGUUGCUGUCACCGGCGUUACCUGCCCUGCCUCCGUGCCCGCCAGAGACAGGCCAGGGCCGUGCCGAGACGAGCAACGCGAGCAGACUCCGUUUUGCCUUAAAAGUGGGAGAGGAAGAGAUUGAAAAAAAAAAAAAAAAUACGGAAUGUGGUGAUGGAUUUUGUCCAAAUUUUAUAGUUUCUCCAGUAGCUUGCUAGCAUCGUUAGCUAGCCAACUGCACACCACUGGGAGAGGUCUAGCUAGCUUUCUAGCUAACUAGCCUGCUUGCAAGGUUGGCUAGCUAACUUGGUAGCUAGCUGCUGUGUAGGCGAGCCGAGCUAGGUGGCCGUCUUGCAGAGGAGAUCGUGCGAAUGCGAUAGCAAGCUCGGUAUCUAGUUAGCCAGUUUGCUCAACUUGAGAACAAUCAAGACCGUCGGAUUUGACCGCUAACAAAACGUAGUCACCAUGGCCCCCAAGAGAAGACCUAUGCCCCUGAACAUCACGCCUACCGGAGAAGGGCAGACGGCCUCCACCACGAUUGAUGCCGCCACCGAGGCCAACCUGGAGGCCCUGCAGAAGAAGCUGGGCGAGCUGGACCUGGACGAUCAGCAGAAGAAGCGCCUGGAGGCCUUCCUUACCCAGAAGGCCAAGGUGGGCGAGCUGAAGGACGACGACUUCCACCGCAUCUGCGAGCUCGGGGCCGGCAACGGGGGCGUGGUCAACAAGGUCCGCCACAAGCCGUCCAGCCUGGUGAUGGCCCGGAAGCUGAUCCACCUGGAGAUCAAGCCCGCCAUCCGGAACCAGAUCAUCCGCGAGCUGCAGGUCCUGCACGAGUGCAACUCGCCCUACAUCGUGGGCUUCUACGGGGCCUUCUACAGCGACGGCGAGAUCAGCAUCUGCAUGGAGCACAUGGACGGGGGAUCCCUGGAUCAGGUGCUGAAAGAGGCUCGGAGGAUUCCCGAAGAGAUCCUCGGAAAAGUCAGCAUAGCAGUUCUGAGAGGGCUAGCGUACCUGCGGGAGAAACACCAGAUAAUGCACAGAGACGUGAAGCCGUCCAACAUCCUGGUGAACUCUCGCGGUGAGAUCAAGCUGUGCGACUUCGGCGUGAGCGGCCAGCUCAUCGACUCCAUGGCCAACUCCUUCGUGGGGACGCGCUCCUACAUGUCGCCGGAGAGACUGCAGGGCACGCACUACUCUGUGCAGUCGGACGUGUGGAGCAUGGGCCUGUCCCUGGUGGAGCUGUCCAUCGGCCGCUACCCCAUCCCCCCUCCCGACGCCAAGGAGCUGGAGGCCAUUUUCGGGAGGCCCGUGAUGGACGGCGGGGAGGGGCACAGCACCUCCCCCCGCCCCCGCCCCCCCGGCCGGCCCGUCAGUGGUCACGGUCCUGCCAUGGCCAUCUUUGAGCUGCUGGACUACAUCGUGAACGAGCCCCCUCCCAAGCUGCCACACGGCGUCUUCACUUCCGAUUUCCAGGACUUUGUGACAAAAUGCCUCAUUAAGAACCCUGCGGAGAGAGCUGACCUGAAGAUGCUAAUGAACCACACCUUCAUCAAGCGCUCGGAGGUGGAGGAGGUGGACUUCGCCGGCUGGCUGUGCAAAACCAUGGGCCUGAACCAGCCCAGCACCCCCACCCGCACCGCCGUCUGACUGCUGUCUGCACCCAGCGCUGUCCGUCUGUCUGUCCCUGUGUCCGUCUGUCUGUCUGCGGCUCUGUGUGUCUGCACAGGCCACUG